AUGCUAUGUCCUGAGUCAACGCAGACGCUGACUGGUAUUUGCCUUGACCUAGGCGGCACUGGUUUUAUCGGACUUUAUAUCCUACAGCAAUUGCUCCAGGAAGGUUAUGAUGUCCUGGCAAUUGUCCGUGAUGCAGAGAAAGGUCGAUAUCUGUGCUCCAAAUUUGGUGAAAAGGUCGACUUUGCCGUGGUUGAGGAUAUCACAAAGCCCGGUGCCUUCGAUGCUGUAUUUCAGACCGCUGGCCAAGUCGAAUAUGUCAUUCACGCCGCGAGUCCAUUCAUAUAUGGACACUCAGACGCCAAGACAGAGGUCCUGGAACCAUCAAUCGAGGGCAGUCUCCAGAUAUUGAGAUCGGUGUUGAACUGGGCUCCAUCGGUGAAGCAAGUCGUGCUCACUUCAUCGCUGGCCGCAAUGGUAGCAGAUCCAUCUGCAACUGGGCCCAUCAACGAAUCUCAUUGGAAUCCGAUCACAUUUGAGGACUCACUGAAGCCGGAAAACACUUAUAUCGGCAGUAAAGCUCUCGCUGAAAGGGCUGCAUGGGAUUUCAUGUCACAGUACCCUGGUAUUCAUUUCUCGCUCACUACUAUCUGCCCGGGACUUGUUUUCGGUCCGCCGAUGUUUCCAUCGCAGAGUGGCGAGAAGGUCAACACCUCGAUUCAAUUCAUCAAUGAGUUGGUCCAAGGUCUUCAUGCAGACGCGGUCCCUGAGGCCCCGGUUCCAAUGUGGGUGGACGUUCAAGCGGUAUCUUCAGCUCAUGUGUUGGCCAUCAGAAAGAAAGCUGCCCAGGACCAUCGUUUCGCCCUUGUUAAUGGGCUAUACACUGUGGAUGAGGUUGUGGGGAUUAUGCGCGACCAGUUCCCACAGUUGGAAGGUCGACUUCCAGCACCAGGAAACAGUAGCAAGCCCCCGAUGGAGCUGGACAAUUCGCGGUCUCGGGAUGUUCUGGGAGUCGGGUAUCGCUCACUUGAAGACUGCAUCACUGAAACGACCAAGUCUUUGAUGGCAAGCAAUGGCGUUUAA